CGACGCUCGAAGGUACGUCACGAUACCGGAAGUAAACAAAGCGGACCGCAGUGUUCGACGUCCCCCCCCACCCCCCGUGCUGUGACAGCUCGUGCAGGUGUGAUGUGGCUCUGGCAUGUAUAAUCUCCAUAUCCCUUCCUGACGGUGUCGACCCAGACAGUCAGGCCGUGGAGGGUGCCAUGGCUGAGGUGAUGGGACAGAGGAGCUUGCUGGGCUUUGGUGUGGUGUUGGCAUGGCUGGUUCUGUUCCACCUGCUGGUCAACAUCUGGCUACUUUGUUUGUUCACCAGCCUGUUGGUGGUGCUCGGUGGCUGGCUUGGCUCGCAGGCAGUCCUCGAUUCCAACAGUGUGGUUCAUCUGGAGAGGUUUAUCACACUGGAGCAGGUUCCACCCUCCGUGGAGGCUGAUCAACACUUGGACCAAGAGAUCCACAACACAGUGAGGAAAAUCAUCAGGGACUUUGUCACCUCCUGGUACUGCACAGUGUCCUCUGAGACUGGUUUUGAGACAGAAGUCAAAGAGGCCAUGAUCUGUAUGGCCAUGGAACUGAAAACACGUGCUAGACAUGUCGACAGGAAGGAGCUGACCCAGAGGAUCCUCGAUCUGUUUGGCUGCCACCUGCAGGACUACAUCAGGGCGAAGGAGCUGGUGACCGAGCAGCAGAUGACCAUGAGUUGUGAGAGCGAGCGGUUGUGGAAAGCCUAUUCCAGUCUUACCACACCUCAUCUUGCCAUGACCAGUGACAAAGCGGAGCUAAACUACACCAGAGGAUUUGUAGAUUUGUUAUUGCAUGUUCUGGUGCCAUUGCCGCACUUGGAGUCCCAUACUGGACGGUUUGUGGUUGGAGAGCUCAUCACCUGCAAUGUCUUUCUCCCUCUUAUUGCCAAACUGUCUGACCCUGACUGGUUAAACAUCCUUAUAAUUGAAAUAUUUGGGAGGUCCAGCAAACCCCAGGAAUGCAUUGCGACAGAGCCGAUGACCCCAUCACCACCAACAGAUGAAUCUAAUCUCCCUGCAUUACAAGAUAUUGCACAGGUUUCUCAAAGGAAUACUGAAACUCCCCAAGCAGGAGCACAGACUGACAUUUUCCCUGAGGCAGAGAUGGCUGAGCUUGCUGCCUAUGACGUCUUCGACUCAGGGGAGGUGGACUGUCCACAGAAUAACACUGAAGAAGAAGAAAGUCCUCCACCCUUUCUAGAGCAUUUCAUGAGAGGAAGCAAGUCAAACCCAUUUUACCAGGAAAAUGACUCGGACCUUGAUUCUCCUUUGGCUGAAUAUAAACAGAGUCCCACCGAUUCACUGGUCAUGAUAGGCCAAGAGGAGGCUCUGGAUGACAGAUGCAAAGAGUUUACCACAUCUGUUGAAAAUAACAUUGGUGUGGACUUGGAGGAUGUUUGUCCCUGUCCAUUGGAGGGCUCCUGCCAAAGCAUACGGGUGAAUUCAGAAAAUCCAAAUGGCUAUGGCCCCUCAUCAGUUGGGGCCUCACAGGGGACUCCAAGUGUCAGCAGCCUCCAGGACCUGGAAAGGGAGGCCAGUUCUCCACCAGUAAACCCAACCAGGGAGCUUCUCCUGAGCGUAGAACAGACUGGGUUGGGUAACCCUAAUGAACUAGUCAGUCCCUCGCAGGUCACUUCUCCCAUGCCAUCAUUCAGUUUCCAGCCCCUCAGUAGCCCAGAUGGACCAGUCAUCAUUCAGAACCUCCGCAUCACUGGUACCAUCACAGCUAAGGAACACAGAGGCACUGGCUCUCACCCCUACACAUUAUACACGAUCAAAUAUGAGACAGCAAUGGGUUUUGAGAGCCCAGGAAGCCUCCAGUCCGGCUCUGAUGAUGCCGAAGUCGUACAGACAACUUUGGAGAAUCCCUCUCGCAUUCAGCCAGUAGCCUAUCACAUGGUCAACAGACGAUACAGCGAGUUCCUCAACCUGCAAACACGGCUGGAAGAGAAAACUGACCUAAGAAAACUCAGCAAAGGUGUAAAAGGUCCAAGGAAAAUAUUUCCAGACAUGCCAUUUGGGAACAUGGACAGUGAGAAGAUUGAGGCCCGGAAAGGACUGCUAGAAACCUUUUUGAAGCAACUCUGUGCCAUCCCUGAAAUAGCCAACAGUGAGGAGAUGCAGGAGUUUCUGGCUCUCAAUACAGACGCCAGGAUUGCCUUUGUCAAGAAACCUUUCAUUGUGUCACGCAUAGACAAGAUUAUGGUGAAUGCCAUCGUGGACACCCUGAAGACAGCCUUUCCUCGUUCAGAGCCUCAAAGCCCCACAGAGGAUAACGAAGCAGAGGUGGAUGGUUGGAAAAUAAGUUUGGACAAGAAGAGCAAGUCUCGUCUGAAGUUCAGUAGUAAAAACAGUCCCUCUAUGAACGGCUCUGACAUAAGACCCCCAGUUUUGUUCAGUUGGGGGCAAACCAGCACAGUUUUCAGUGGGAUGUCCUUGGGAGAUUUGCAAGCCUUUAUCACUGAACAAGAAAAACUGUGCAUCAGAGUUGAGUCGGAGAGGGAGCAGAGCCCGGUGAGCAGAGAAUUCAGAGGCUAUCUGGAUGACAGCUUGAGAGGAAAGCAGAGUCAGGAGCCUGCCUCUGAGAUGGCGCUGGCUGAGGUGGCUCUGAACAUCCUGUGUCUGCUGAUGAAAGAGCAGUGGAGCUGGCUGUGCAGUGAAAACAUUCAGAGGACCAUCAGGCUGCUGUUUGGGACCUUUAUUAACAGGUGGCUAGAUGUGAGCGUAGCCAACCUGACAUCCACAGAGUUCUGGGUGUUCUACCUGCAGGUCAUACAGGAGGCAGUAUGGCCUGGUGGAGCUCUGCCUACGACCCUUCAACUUGAACGCAGCCAGCAGGAGAAGGAGAGCACCAGACAACAAGCCCUACACUGUCUGAUGAGACUCUUACCAGAUCUGGUCUCAGACAUGUUGGGACAAGACAAGUGCAAACUGAGCUGGCAGAUGGCACUGGACUCUCUUCAAGACCCCUACAUUAACAGACACCUGGUCUACUGUAUAUUUGACCUUCUGCUGGAGUUCCUGGUUCCUGAAAUACCUGAGGAGGACUUCCAGAGGAGGCUGCUGCAGACCCUCUCUAAAAACCCUGAGAAGCUGCUGGCAUGAGACGACGACCCACAAGAACACCUGCAAACCCAGCUUUUAUUUUUCAUCAUGCCAACUCGUCAUUCAGCUCAGAUGAGAUGCUGCAAAGCAGCGUGACGUCGAGGAUGCUCCUGUCCUGCUAACGUUCUGCGAUCACAGUGUGAGUGAAUAUUUCUGCUCAGACCGAAUAUCCUCUGUCCCCACUUUAAUCUCCCGAGGUCAGUCUGCCCUGUCUCUAAUUAUGUAUUGAUGUACGGCCAUGAGUCUCCUGAGCACAUUGUCCUGUAUACGAAGACACAUGUUUGAGGAAGCAUUAAUUACACGAGAGCACCUGGUUUGUGUUUGAUCGAAUGUGUCUGACGUGCGAUCCAAACAUGUGGCAAAGCACUGUCCGUUGUCUACGUCCAGCUUUGACUAAACUCACUGCAGAUGGUUUUUACACUCUGUCCUCAUCCCCUCCCAAAGGCUCUGGGAACAAGUCCUCGCACCUCUUUCUGUCAUCUAGUGAAGCAGGAUUUAUCGCCCCAAGAUUUAGCUGUUGACGACAGUUCCAUUCGUAAGUGAACUGCUGGCUCUGUAUAAACACAAUCGUGACUCUGACACAAAAUUCUUCCUCGUGAGGGGAGCAUAGGUCUCUCGCAGUGAUUUUAAACCCGCAACUAUCCGAAUGUAGGAAAAGUACAUGUGAGUUGUAAUGAAGCGUUGGCCAUAAUGCAUUUUACUGGCUUUCCAGGUAGGUUCUUUUAAUAAGUUCCACGGUGCAGUUAAUGUCUAAAUAAUAAGAGAGCCGAGCCUAACAAAAGAAGGUAUAUGAAGGACGUCUGCUGUUGGCAGAGCUCCAGUCAAUAACUUUUUUGUAGGCUAAUGUAAAACAGUGGGCUGGCAGGCUGGUUAACCACAGGCCUUUAAGCGUUGGUAAAUUACAUGGAAGCAUAUUCUCUUGUGCAAUGAAGAAAAAACCAACAUAAAUUGUUUAUGAAAAACGUUGGGUCACCAUGUGCCACCAGAACCGCUUCAGUGAGUCUCUGAACUCUACUUGAAGGAAGAGUUACAUUCUUCCCAAAGAUAUUUCCUCAUUUGGUGUUUUGAUGACGGUGGUGGAGGGAGCUGUCAAACAUACUGGUCCAGAAUCUACUAUUGGUGUUUGACUGGGUUGAAAUUUGGUGACUCUGAAGGCCACCGCUCACAAAAUUGUUAUACUCUGAUACAUAGGCUGUCUAUAAAGAUAGACGAUGAAGUGAAGCCAAAAAUAUAUAAUAUAAUAUAAUAUAUAUAGAUAUGAGCAGUGGUAGUGGGGUCCUGUCAAUUUCCAUGCUCGACUAAUCACGAGUCAGUCUCAAUUGUUAAUUUACAUAUCACCUAGUUAUUAAUCAUCAAUUAACGAAUAUAAACCAAACUUGUCAGAAACAUGAGUCAGUGUAAUAAGAACCACUUCAAAUGACAGAAUCCAUUUUUGAGAAAACCUUAUUGGACUUACUUUGACCUUUUAGUUUGAUCCAUGUCCACUGGGGGGGA